UUACCCACCUGUGCCACUCGCCAAAUCGCGUAGAGGCCGCCGAGCGUUCCGCUUCGUCGCCCCCCAUCCCAACUCCAGUUGAGCAUCGACGCGUGCCCCCGGACUAGGGUUCCGCCCGCCGACCCUCCAUCCACCGCCGCUUGCUGGCCCUCCCCCGGAGGUCGGCCGGCUCCAGCACCGGAUUAGGCCUCCUCUCUCAGUACCCAGCAUUCCACUUGUCCCGCCCGCGCCGGCAAGCAUCAAGAGGUCGCGGCUCGUCCUCAGCACCGCCAAGCAAAGUGAUUGAAGAGGGAGGAGCAAGGAGUUAACCGGAGAUGAAUGCCCCGGAUCGCUAUGAGCGCUUUGUCGUGCCUGAGGGCACCAAGAAGGUGUCGUAUGAGAGGGACACUAAGAUUGUGAAUGCUGCAUCGUUCACCAUCGAGCGUGAGGACCACACCAUUGGCAACAUCCUUCGCAUGCAGCUGCACAGAGAUCCAAAUGUGCUUUUUGCUGGCUAUAAGCUCCCUCACCCUCUUCAGUACAAGAUUAUUGUUAGGAUCCAUACUACCAGCCAGUCCUCCCCGACGCAGGCCUACACCCAGGCGAUCAAUGAUCUAGACAAGGAGCUCGAGUACCUUAAGCAAGCUUUUGAGGAUGAGAAGAACAGGUACGAGGAAAGGGUGAAGCAGGGGUACUAGAUCCAUGGCGCCAGAGAUCUGACGUAAAAGCUUCCCGUGUUAGUUUAAUCUGAGACCUGAGCUGUCCUAAAAAGAACGUGUUAGUUUAAUCUGAGGCCUGAGCUGCCCUAAUAAGAACGCUCAAGGGUUGUGAAACAUGUCAGACUGAUCCAUGAACUGCCAGUACUUUCUCUAUCCUUAAACCUGUGUUGAGAGUCCAAGACUCCAAGACUA